AUGGCCGGAGCAAAACUAAACCUCCUCCUUAUGGCCGCCGGCUUUCUCGUCGCCGGCAACCUGGCCGCCGCUCAGAAUUGCGGUUGCGCCGACGUGGUAAGCCAAGGGUUCUUCGACGGGUUAACGAGUCAGGCAGAUCCUAGCUGUGAGGCCAAAGGGUUCUACACGAGAGAUGCCUUCUUGGGUGCUUGGCAAAGCUACCCUGGUUUUGCAGAGGGCCCCAACAUCGAUGACUUUAAGCGAGAGAUCGCUGCCUUUUUCGCUCAUGUUUUUCAUGAGACCAUACAUAUGUGCUACAAAGAUCAGGGUGAUAAAUUUGAUGCAUAUUGUGACUCUAGUAAUCAAGAGUAUCCAUGCAUCCCAGGGAAGAUGUACUAUGGGCGUGGCCCCCUCCAAAUUUCGUGGAAUUAUAAUUAUGGUCCAGCUGGCCAUGAAAUUGGCUUCGAUGGCCUCAACUGGCCUGAAGGCGUUAGCAUCGACCCCAUUAUCUCCUUUAAAACUGCACUUUGGUUUUGGAUGAGAAAUGUGCAUGGCAUCAUUGGCCAAGGUUUCGGAGCUACCAUUUAUGCUAUCAAUGGUGUCAUUGAGUGUGGAGGUCGGAACCAAGGAGCAGUCAACGAUCGUGUUAAUCUCUAUCAAUAUUAUUGUGGCCAGUUUAAUGUGUCCCCAGGCGAUAACCUUUACUGUUAG